GGCCCCAGGGACUCGCCGUCGUCCGGCUGAGGUAUUCGCUAGUUGAGAUGAUGGCGACUGGGACGCAGGAUUCGCAAGCCCGAUUUGGUCAAUCGGUGAAGGGCCUUCUUACGGAGAAGGUGAACACCUGCGGCACCGACGUAAUCGCGCUCACCAAGCAGGUGCUGAAAGGCUCGCGGAGCUCUGAGCUGCUGGGGCAGGCAGCUCGAAACAUGGUUCUACAGGAAGAUACCAUCUUGCACUCAGAAGAUAGUUUAAGGAAGAUGGCAAUAAUAACAACACACCUUCAGUACCAGCAAGAAGCUAUCCAGAAAAAUGUUGAACAGUCGCCUGACCUGCAGGACCAGUUGACUCACUUGCUGAAGUAGCAUGUCAGACCUGUAGUCGACUUCUUUGUCUGAUGCUGAGGACAGUGUGGCCUUGGUCUCCAUUUUCAUCUCCAAAAAAUCAUCUAGAAAAGACUUGUGAAAAGAAGAAGCCAAGUGACUGAACAUGGAAGCAGUUCUUAAAUUGGAUUAAUUCAUCUUCAAGUUGUUUUAUAUUAAAAUGAAUAUGUUGAAUCAUUAGCACUAAAAAAAAGAUACCCUAGCUUGUUAAAAGCUGUAUUGUCUGUGAUCCUAUGUACAUCGAUUCUCUCUCUCUCUCUCUCUCUCUCUCUCUCUCCAGUAUGUCCCUGUGUAGCUCUCUGGCUUUGACCCCAUCAUCCUCAUGCUGUAGCCUCUCAAGUCCUGGGAUUACAAAUCACCACACCUGACUGCUGAGUAACACAUAGGCUCAGAUAUUUGGGAGGCUGAUGCAGGUGGAUCACUUGAGGUCAGAAAGUUGAGACCAUCCAGGACAACACAGAAAGAACCUAUCUCUGAGAAGAAGGGAUGGAGGGAGGGGCUUCUGCUAUGAUCAUGUGAGAAGAAGGGAUGGAGGGAGGGACUUCUGUUGUGCUCAUGUGAGAAUGCUUUCUCUGUUAAAGGACACAGAACGUGGAUAAUGGCUGUUUCUCACUACAGAUUCUUAUAUGAAAACCAGGCCAGUGGCAUCCGCUCUGGACAGCUGUGGUUCUGCCUUGACCUUUGUUUCUGACUUCUUUCUUUCUGUGACUCUUGAUUAAGUGACCUUGGUUCUUUUUUUUAUAGCCAUUCCAUUCCCUUCUAAUUUGGCAGUAAAGUCACACAAGUGGAUCUGCUGAUAAUUAAGUAACGUUACAAAAUGAACUACAUAGACCCAAUGUCAAACAAAACAAAAAGGCAAAAAAGAUAUAAAACCAGUAAGUAGUUAGCACACAUUAGUUUGUUAAGGUGUCACGUCAACCAUUAAAGUACAAAUCAAGAAAUGUUAUCACUAUGAUGUGUAAAAUGAGUUAGAUUUGAAAAGAGUUCUCUCUCAGCUCGAUGCCUAAAAUGUAAUCAGUGUAAAAAUGUCUGCCACCUUAUAAAGAUAUGGCAUUACAAAGUUAAUAUUUGAAAGAAUAUAUCCAGACCAGCUGUGAGAAAUCAUCCACAAAGGGCCAAAGAAGCAGCAGUUAAAAUGGCAUGUGCUUGUGGUCCCAUUCCUGUGACUUCCACAGACUGUCAAAAACCAGACCUUUUCCAUAUACUCCCAGCAUAUAAAAUAUGACCAUUAAAAGCUGGUGAAAUGGCUCAGCAGUUAAAAACACUUGCUGCUUUUGGAGAGGACCCAGCUUCAGUUCCCAGAACCGGCUUCAGACAGCUCACUGCUGUCUAUAGCUCACAGCUCCAAGGGAUCUAAUGUCCUCUUCCAGACUCCGUGGACACCUGCAUUCUCCUACAUAUGCCUGAACACAGACACAUGCUGACAUACAUAACUAAAAACAAAUAUAUUUUUAAAAAAUUAUUAAAAAUUCAUCUGCUAAGGAAAAUGUAAUUUUCAUUUAUAAUAAAAAGCAAGAUGAUAUAACAAUUUAGACCAAU